AUGGAGGCUCCUUGCGAAGACGACGCGUCCUCAGCGCUCCCUACUCUGUCCGCGUCCUGCCAGGAUAUCAACACACCUCUCGCCGCUCCAAGCAACAUCGUACACGCCCCACAAUCCCCUUCGACAGCCUCUGCCGAUGUUCGAGCUGAUGCUACAGCCCCCAAACAGAGCACACGCAGCCUAUUAACCCUCCAAUUAGAUCGCGAGAUGCAGAAGAGAAGACCCGACCACUUUGUGAUAGGCGUAACGUGUCGUUCCCUGGGUGGUGUGCCCUCCAACCUGCGCUCUCAAGUGUGGCAGGAGCUGUUGGGUGUGGCUCGUACCGAUCGACCGAAUCUGGACCAGAGUAUCCGACAGGUAGAGGAAGAUCUGGACAACCAGCGAGUUGUCGCCGCCGAUGCCGCCAGAACUAGAGGCAACGAGCCUCGUUUUCAACAGCCAGAGACUGUGGAGCUCGUGGUCAAGCUGCUGACGUACUACUGCAAGCGCCGUAGCAUCCAAUAUAAACAGGGAAUGAACGAGGUGCUCGCCCCGUUCUUACUACUCACAGAACAACGCGAUGGGGCUCCAGAGAGGACCCCAUUGGCUGAGGGGGCCGUGUUUCAGUGUUUUUACGCGCUCAUCGACAAGCUCCUGCCUCAUGUGUUCGUGGACAAAGAGUUCCGGUCGCUGCAGUGCUCCUUCCAGUUAUACAGACUCUUAAUGCUGUACCACGACCCGGCAUUGUGUCACUAUCUGGACCAGCACGACAUGACGCCGGAGCUUUACGUGACGCCGUGGUUCAUGACGCUCUUUGCGCGCUCGUUACCGCCCGAAUUUGUGUUUUAUCUCUGGGAUUUUUUUCUAUUGGAAGAAGACCCGUAUCUUCUGCACUUUGUGGCGUACGCUCUGGUCGCUGCGAACCGAGCGAAGAUCUUUGAGGCGGAUAUUGCCAUGUUGCCUCAAGUUCUGAGCUCGCUGACUUUCUCGUCGCGUAACGAGCUGGAGCAGGUUUGUGCUGACGCCCUGGCGUUCUCGGAGCUGACCCCAAAGUCAUUCAAACGAGACCUGUACUCGGUGUGCUACGGAGGCUUCACAGAUGCCAUGGUGCCGUUUCUGGACCAGCUUUACGCGUGCUCCAGUCUGCAGGUGUAUCCAGAGGAAUUAGUACGCAACUUGAUGGAUCGAUUGACGAAAGCCAAGGAGCAUACGUCGACGCUGGCUCCAGCCGCGCCAGUCAUGCAAGAAGAGCAAGACGCAUUGAACCCGUUGCUGUCUCCUGCCGAGCAAGCUCCGUUGUUGUAUGCGUCUGGAAAUGAUGCGGACGAAGCGAUGGCGUUGAAGUUUAUCGUGUUGGAUUGUCGACCUAUAGAGGAGUAUCACAAGUCGCACUUAAGUCUCUCGCACCAUAUCGAUCCGAGUAUCAUGAGACGCCCAGCUGCGUUGGAUGGACUCAUGAAGGGCUUCUCCUGCAUGAAAGGCUGCCAUUUCUGCUUCGUUGGACCCUCAGUCGAGUCGCCAGCUGUGCUACCAAGACCCUCGUCGAAUAACGCAGCCAUGAACACUAUCGUGCGUCUGGCCAGAGUCAUCUCAAGCGAUAAAUCUGUCCAAGAACAGAGCCAGAAGCCAAUUGAAGCUCAUGUGGCGGAACACGUCGCCACAUCAUCGUCGCUUCCACCUGGACCUGCAACGUUAUCGAGGAAGCAGAGUCCUGGAGAACCUGGCGCGUUAGCCAGCGAGAUCGGCAGCAAUGGAGCGUCCAAGGUCCACGCGGAACAUGAGUCUGUGACUCGACUUGUGCUCAUGUUCUUGCAAAAGGGAUUCAAGUACGUGAGCCAUCUGGACGGAGGCUUUGAUGAACUGGAGAAGACUAUCCGGUGUAUGGACACGUUCACGCAGGAGCAGCUUCUGGUGACGUCACCGCUGCCACCGCCAGCGGUUACUGAGCAGGUGACGGUGCCGCCUGAGACUGGGAGUUCGUCAACUGGAGGCUUCAACUUGUUCGCUAAAAUGGGGCUGAAUCGUCCACGUGCACCUUCGCAAGACGACUUUGUAGCUGAAGUUGAUGCCAGUAUGCGCUCGGAGGCAUCAGACCCGAACAGCGGGCGUUCUACUUCUGCCAUUGUGAGCACUUCAGCGUCAGUCUCAUCAACUCCAGGUAGCAAGGAAGCGAAGAAGAAGACUAAAGCUACGACGAGCUCAGCGGUAUCGACGUUGUCGCAACGUUUGAUGCUGUUAAAGGCAGCAGCGAGAGACGCCGUGUCGUCCACGUCGAGCUCUAUAGGCUUAUCCAACAGCAACACGUCCGAUGAGGUAAAUUAUGUCGAAGAAAGCCACUCUACGAGCGACGACGGGUGGGUCGAAGUGCGGCUGAAGGCAAGCGAUACAGUGGAGAAGAAUGCUGGGAAAACUACCGACGUCGAGCUUCAGCCUGGUCCUAUCGGGAUCUUGUUCCAGAAGUCUCGUACGUCCAAGAUCUUUCAAGCCGUCGUGGACAGCGUGGUGCCGGACAGUCAAGCGUCCGCCACGGGACUCAUUAACACUGGCGACUUGCUCGUUGCUAUCAAUGGAGAGAGUCUGGAGGGCGUGGCGUUCCUCACUGUGAUCGAGCAUGUCAUCGAAGCGUCUCGACCUGUGGUGUUACGCUUCCUUACUCCUGUAAGCUCACAGAGGGAUAAGGCUGCGACUGUGUCGGAUAUCCCGCCACUGGCCCCUACUCUUGUUAGUGUGACGAGACACUCGAUCUGUAUCACGUGGGAUAAAGUGCCUGUCUCGGUCGCGUCUCCUGCGGUGGCUCGUUAUCAGCUACAGUUUGCUAAGCAGUCAGGCGAUGAGUUUAAUCCCUGGCUUCCAGUCGCGAUGAAGCAGGAAGGGACAACAGCGGAGGUGGAUACGACUGGCAUCACGGACCAGACGAACGGUACGAUGGUUGGUCUGGAGCCGGGGGAGUCGCUAGUGUUCCGUGUGCGCUGUGGCGACGGACAACAGUGGGGACCGUACAGCUUAUCGAGUGGAUCUAUGAGGACGUUGAAUGUCGUCACAGCCAAGCUGCAGUCAGGAGCUGUAACACCGACGUCUGUGGGUCGUGAAGACUCGACGACAGCCGUUUUCCUAGCUGGUGUAUGUCCUGAAUACGUCGAGCGAGGUCACUUUUUCUACCGCGUUUUAUUGCCACUGCACACUCGUCGUCGUCCAGAUUUCAACGCUGAAAAGCUGGACGUUGUAUUGGAGAAGGGGCUUGUGAUCCGAGGAUCGGAGAGGCUUGUGUGUCCUGGCACCAACCAAAUAUUCGUCCGCGUUGCUUUGGGGAACACUGACGACAAUGUCGAUCAAGAUGGAGAGUACGAAGGAGCAGAUGGUGAGCUGAUGUUACUUCGGAAUGGCCAGAGGGAGGCGGAUGAUGACGCUGAUGGGGUGUGGGCCUUCGAAAACACCCCCGACGGCGCAGUAGUGCUAGAGCGACUUCCUGAGUCUGCUGGUGAAGAGACUGGGCCUUCGCUACAAGAACAAGCCAAGUCUAUGGUCCAGUCGUUCCUCAGUUCCAGUGGCAUCUCCCCAGGACUCGGCGACAAUGUCAAUUCUAAUAGCGCUGGAUCGAUCAGCUCCAUGGUCUCCACUGCAGCUAGCAGCAGUGGCAGCAACAGUGCGCCACCGUCGGCUCAUACACUUACUGCACCUCGUAUUUUACAGGUGUUCGCUGCAUCCAGCUCUGAAGUUGUGGUGACGUGGGACCCCGUGAGCGAUGUAGGCGUGACUAAGUUCCAGAUCCAGUACGUGAAGGAUCGUCUGGCUGCUAUGUGGUGGACUGUGAAGCCUGACGUUGAAGCGGAUACGCUGAAGUUCACGGUGUCAGGCUUGCAGCCGAACACACCCUAUCUGUUCCGUCUUCGUAGCGGCACUGAAGACAACAAGUGGAGUCCAUACAGCGAGUCUAGCGAGAGCUGUCGUACUCCCCCGACUGACAGAGGAUCGGCGAAUAACUCGAGUGAUGAAGACGAGCGGAAACCUACGAGCAGUGACGGAAAGAAGGCACAGCAGACGACAACACAAGCGCCACAGAGUGCUUCUAUGAGCACUGGAAGCACCAUCUUGGACAAAGCCGUUGCUGUAGCUUCUCGAUUGAGACGACGAUCGAAUUCCUCUAACAACCAUCAGCCAUGUGAUGAGACCCCAUUGAGUAAAGAAGAGGACGAGACUGAACAGCUCGAAGAUAAUACAAAAAGCGAAGCUUCAGCACGAUACGUAAACCUGACCAGCUGGAAGUCGUCGUCGAAUAAUGCCGACAAAAGCUUCCACUUUUACAGUGCCACUAAGUUUGAGGAGCAGGACGAAGAAGCCCAUCGACAACUGAGUGAGUUGGGGCAUCGGGAGCUGGUGGUCACGAGUUCGGCUCUUGUUGUGCUUAUUGUGAAGGCGUCGACGCCCAAGGGGUUCGCGUUAGUAGAAGAAUGGCGCCCACUGACUUCGCUGACAAAGGUCGAGAGCCGGAACGAUCUAGACAACUCCCUCGUCUUCCACUUUAAGAGCCAAGUUGAGGCUUCCGCUGAGCGGAGCGACCAGUUGUUAUUCGCUGUUGACGGAGCGAAAGACUGUGCAAAAGUUGUAGAGGAUUAUCUCGCGACAGUGAAGCUUGAAGGGAAGUAG